UCAGUGUUUACGUGAGGCAGACCGCGAUAAGUCGGAAGCCGACAUAUAAUCAAUAUUAUUACAAUCUGAUAAUAUACUCCAAGAAUGCGAUCGACAUUUAUUGUUCUAUUGGUGGUAGUACUGAAUCAGUGUGAUGCGAGUGAAUGGAGACAGGUGCAUACCUCGCAGGGAGAUGUGCGCGGACGCAAGGACCCUGACGGUGGACUGUACAGCUUUUACAAUAUACCGUAUGCUACAGUACCUGUAGGACCUGAUAAGUAUAAGGCCCCCCUGCCAGGACCGGUGUGGCUAGAACCACUUGAUGCUGUGGAUAAGAAGAUAGCAUGUUUGCAGCCUGUAACCCAAUUUAUGGAUAUGAGUUUUGUAGAUAUGCAAGAAGAUUGCCUCGUAGCAAAUGUAUUUGUCCCCGACACAGAAGAAAAGAACCUUCCUGUAUUAGUAAUCAUACACGGAGGAGGAUUUGAAAUUGGAUAUGGUGACAUGAUAUCGCCUAAAAACUUAGUAAGGACUAAGAAAAUUAUUGUUGUUAAUUUCAACUACCGCCUUGGAGUACACGGAUUCUUGUGUCUGGGCUCAAAAGCCGCUCCAGGUAACGCUGGACUGAAGGACCAAGUUGCUCUACUUCGCUGGGUGAAGAGAAAUAUUGCUAAUUUUGGAGGCAACCCUGACGAUGUUACUGUAUCAGGCGGUAGUGCUGGCAGCAUGUCUACACAUUUGUUGACGCUGUCAAAGUCAGCGGAAGGACUUUUCACUAAAGUCAUACCAGAAAGUGGGGCUGAUGUAUCAACUGCUGCUUUUCAGUUAGAUCCACUUGAUAAUGCUAAAACUUACGCUAGAAUGUUAAACUUUACAGAUGUAGAUGAUUUUAAGGCUUUAGAAGAAUUUUAUAAGAGCUCUUCUCUGAAAUCAAUUAUAGUGAGUGCAUUUGCUAAUAGGCAAAAUGCAACUCUUUUAUUUGCUCCGUGUAUGGAAAACGGUAUAGAUAGUCAAUCAAUGUUUAACGAUUAUCCAGUAAACAUAAUCAAGAAGGGUAAAUAUAAAAAAGUCCCUACUUUAAUUGGCGUCGGUAAUAUGGAAGGAACAUGCCAACUUCAUAAUUUUGAUUUAUGGAAAGAUGUUAUGAACGAAAAGUUUUCCGACUUCUUGCCCGGUGAUUUACAAUUUCCAAGUGAGGAAGAAAAAGAAGAAGUAAGUAAAAGAGUUAAGGAAUUUUAUUUUGGAGAUCAGCCGGUAGGCGAUAAUACAAUAUUGUCUUAUGUUGACUAUUUCGGAGAUAUUAUCAUUAACUUUCCAACAUGGAGAUCUGUAAAACUGCAUGUAGACGCAGGACACGACCAAAUAUAUUUAUAUGAAUAUUCCUUCGUGGAGGACAGUACUCCUGUAGUCCCUCAUACCGACGUGCGCGGAGCUGGACAUUGUGCUCAGACAGGAGCGCUACUUGAUGGAAUACCUUUCGUAUCCGCCGAUGAGAGUAAAUUGUCAGAAGAGUACAAACAAAUGAAAUCGACAAUUAGAGAUAUUUGGUAUAACUUCGCAGUGCAUGGGUCGCCUAUAUCACAAAAAUCGUCUUUGCCUGCUUGGCCAGCGACAAAUGCUGAUGGCAGUCCUUAUAUGUCUCUUGGGAAAACAAUUCAGUUAGGUGAUGGAGCAUAUCUCGGGAGACGAGCACAGUUGUGGAAUGAUAUUUAUGAAAAGUAUUACAAAGCGCCAGUAGCGCCACCAAAACAAGGACAUAUAGAGUUAUAACUGUUAAAUAUUUUAAUCAAAGUUAUAUCGCGUAUCCUGUUCGUGAAUAUGAACCCCAUUAGUGACUUGAAACUAGUCGAGCAUCCUAAUAUUAUUAAAAAUAUAUUCUACUACUGUUGUAAGGCUUUUUUAUAAAAUGAUUUCUAAUUACUUUCAAACGAAUAUUAUGUACUAAGUAAGAAAUAUAACUGGAACAGAGGUAGUAUUUCUGUUUGUGAAUCUGUAAUAUAUUGACAAACUAUUAAACGACUAGGAAGUUGUAGAAAAUAGAAGUAUUUGGUUUUGUGAAUUUUAUGUUUUAUCUGUCAGGAGUAACUUUAUUCAAUAACACUGAACAUUCAGGAGUACUGUUAAUGUAAAAAAAAUGUUAUAAGAAAAAUUAUUUUUGUACUCAAACGUGUAUCUACCUUCAUUAGAAUAAUUGUUAAAUACUCAAUAAUAGUUCUGUCACUUCAAACUCUUUGUAAAAUCGUAGAGAUCGCACGAUAUUUAAGUGCAACUUAAAAUGAAAUAGUCAGUUAAUAUUUACGCUUAAGCUUAUUAAAUGUUAACUUGGUA